UCACCUGGCCCUCCUGAGUGGGAGAUGAAAGUAAGACUGCAAACUGCCCCCUGCGCUGCGUGGUGGCUGUAUAAAUACGAUCCGACCGCCGACCUCAGGCACUCUCAGCCUGACCCUCACAAUCCACACACACACAAGCUCACAACAUGAAGUCCCUGGUCUGCGUUCUGCUCCUUGCUUCAGCAGUAUUUGCUGACGACGUCAAGGACGAGAAGAAGACAGACAAGCGAGGCCUGGCCGGUCUGGGCUACGGAUACGGAUCCAGCCUCGGAGGACUCGGUGGUGGCUACAGCAGCGGCCUCGGCUACGGAAGCGGAGGCGGCCUUGGCUACGGAAGUGGAAGCGGCCUCGGCCUCGGAAGCGGCCUCAGCCAUGGAAGCGGUCUCGGUCUCAGCAGCGGACUUGGUCUCUCCGGCGGCUACGGCUCCAGCUACGGAUACGGCUCCGGUCUCGGACUCGGCUCUGGACUCGGUGGUGGACUCGGAGGCGCUGGACUCGGCGGUGCUGGACUCGGAGGCGCUGGACUCGGCGGUGCCGGUCUGGGCUACGGCCGCCAGGAGCGCAUUUCCGGAAUCACCAUCCACCGCGAGGUCGGCGUGCCCGUUCCCCACCCCUAUCCCGUUCCCGUGGUGAAGAGGGUGCCCGUUGCCGUGCCCCACCCUGUGGCCGUUCCCGUCGACAAGCCCUACCCCGUGCACGUGCCCGUCAAGGUUCCCGUGCCCGUCGAGAAGCUGGUGCCCUACCCCGUGGAGAAGCCCGUCCCCUACCCCGUGCACGUUCCCUACAAGGUGCCCGUCCACCACCCCGUGCCCUACCCCGUGGCUAAGCCCGUGCCCUACCCCGUGCACGUGCCCGUGAAGGUGCCCGUCGCCCAGCCCUACCCUGUGGCCAAGCCCGUGCCCGUCUACGUCAAGGGAGGCCACCACGACUCCUACGACCUGGGAGGCUAUGGCUCUGUAUGCACUUUGGCCGUUCUGGCCGUCGCUCUGGCCGCUGAGAAGCAGCCUGAAAAGCGCGGAAUCGACUAUGGCGGCGCCGCCGAGCUCGGGGCAGACUAUUCCGGUGGCCUAGGAGGCGGACACGGUGGCGGCAGCUCCGGCGGCGGCCACGGUGGCGGCGGGCUCGGCGGCGGACACGGAGGUGACGGCGGCGGCCACGGAGGCGGCGAACUGGCCGGUGGAGCCAUCGGCGGAGACGGCGGUGAAGGCCUCGACGACGGAUCCGGACACGCCAAGGUCCACGGCAUCACCAUCCACAAGGUGAUCAAGAUCCCCAUCCACCAGCCGGUGCCCUAUCCCGUGAUCCGCAGGAUCCCGGUCCACAUCCCCCAUCCCGUUCCCGUGCCAGUUGACAAGCCCUACCACGUGCAGAUCCCCAGGCCGUACCCCGUGCACGUGGAGAAGCCCGUUCCCUACCCCAUCGAGCGGCCCGUGCCCUACCCGGUGCACGUGCCCGUCAAGGUGCCCCUGCACCACGACGUUCCCGUCUACGUCAAGAAGCCCGUGGCCGUGCCCGUGCAGAAGCCCCAACCGUUCCCGGUGCACAAGCCCGUGCCCAUCCACAAGGCCGUUCCGAUCGUGGUCAGUCUGGACAAGGCGCCCUCCGGCGGACACGGAUCCGACAGCGGCUCCAGCUUCGGAGGCGGCGGCGGCAGCUACGGAGGCUUCGGCGGCGGACAAGGCUCCAGCUACGGAGGCGGAUACAGCAGCGGCGGAGACGGCGGCUGGAAGGGCAAAGAGAGCAAUAUCCUCUCAGGUCGUCUUCACGGGCACGUGGACAGGAACGGGAACGGGCUUAGAGACGGGGUAGAGCUCGGUGUGAUGCAGGGGCACCUUCACAGGCACGUGCACCGGGUAGGGCUUGUCAACUGGCACGGGAACGGGGUGGGGGAUGUGGACCGGGAUCUUGCGGAUCACGGGAUAGGGAACCGGCUGGUUGAUGGGGAUCUUGAUCACCUUGUGGAUGUUAAGAAACUGUACCUUGGCGUGGCCGGAUCCGUCGUCGAGGCCUUCACCGCCGUCUCCGCCAAUGGCUCCACUGGCCAGUUUGCCGCCUCCGUGGCCGCCGCCGUCACCUCCGUGUCCGCCGCCGAGUCCGCCGCCGAGUCCGCCGCCAGAGCUGCCGCCACCGUACACAGAUCUUCCAUGGCUCGAACCAUCCAGACCGCCUGCUUGCUCCUCGCCGCCUGCUUGGUGGUGGCGGCCUCCGAGACGGAGGACGAUGACCACCAGCCGGACAAGCGGGGCAUCGUGGCCAGCAACUACGGCGCCAGCUCCGAGGGCAACGGCUACGGCGGCGGCUACGGACAGAACAGCUACACCGGCGCCGACUUCGGCGACCACGGGGUCUCGAGCAGCUUGUCCUCCGCAGGCGGCCACGGCGGCGGCGGCGGCGGCGGCACCGGCGGAGGCAGCCUCAAGGAAUCGUUCGGCGGCCAAGGAGACAUUGGCGGCGCGACCGGAGGCGGCCACUCGGAGGCCCUUGCUUCCUUCAACACCCACGGCGGCGGCGGUCUCGGCGGCGGCUUCGGCGGAGGCUUUGGUGGACACGGUGGAUUUGGAGGCGGCAGCUUCGGCGGCCAGGGACUCGGAGGCUACGGAGGCGGAUUCGGCGGCGGCCACGGAGGCGGAUUCGGAGGCAGCGGAGGCGGAUACGGAGGCGGAUAUGGCGGCGGCCAGGGCGGCGGGCACGGCGAAGUCAAGAUCAUCCGGGUGCCACACCCCGUUCCCGUGCAAGUGAUCAAGCACGUGCCCUACCCUGUGCCCGUGCAAGUGCCCAAGCCCUACCCCGUACCCUACGCGGUGCCCAAGACCGUGCACGUUCCCAAGCCUGUGCCCAUCUUCAUCGAGAAGCCGUACGCCGUGCACGUGCCCCAACCUUACGCCGUGCCGGUGCCCAAGGCCGUCAAGAUCACCGUGCCCAAGUACGUGCCCAUUGAGGUGCCCAAGCCCGUCCACAUCCCCGUGCCCCACCCCAUCGUCAUCCAGAAGUCUUACGGAGGCGGCGGUGGACACGGAGGCGGAUACGGAGGUGGACACGGAGGCGGCUAUGGAGGCGGCUACGGUGGCAAGAGCGGAGGCGGCGGAUGGAAGCAUUAAACGAGCCAUGAGACAGUCAUUUUAAUUGUUAAGUUUUACAACUGAUGUAUUUUUUGUUAUAAAAAAAGAAAUAAAAACAUUUAUACCAAACCGAAACCAAAUG